AUGUGGUUACUGUAUCUUCUAUUUCUGAAACCAAUCGUUACAUCAUCUGUGGAUCUUUUACCUGCAAAUGUUCUGAAUGUCUGUCCAGUACGACCAACAAAUUGUAAUUUACUUUGUCCUUAUGGAUAUCUCAGAGACAUACUUCAACAAUGUCUUUGUACCUGUGCAAUAGAUCCCUGCCAGACAACAAUCUGUGGACCAUCAGAAAGUUGCAUUCACGUUGUAUCCCAAAGUUCGGAAUGUCCAAGACUAACUGGUGGAGUUUGCGCACUUCGAUGUGAAAAAGAUUCGGAUUGUAAUGGCAGAUUAAUUUGCUGUUCAAAUGGAUGUGGACGAGAAUGUGUUGCUCCGAUUGCCAAAAGUUUUCCAAUUAGUGAAGAUAAAUCCCUGCAGCCCGUUUCUUCGUCUUCCAACAUUCCUCGAUCGUUCCAAAGGCUGAUUAAAGCCGUUUCCAAUAUCGGAUCAACUCAUUUCAACAUCACUCCAAUACCACCUACAAUUCGAAAUUUAGCAAACACUCUAUUCCCAGCUCCUUCUCCAAUUCGUCCUCUUCCAACAACAAAAGUCGGCCAGUGCCCAUCACCAACUGAAAACAAAUCAUUAUGUAGUGAUCAAAAGCAAUGUGCGAAUGACCUUGAUUGUGGAAGUGUGGCCAAAUGUUGUCCGACUGCGUGCGGAUCCACGUGUAUGGCGCCGUUAAAGGCCACUGGUUGUAUCCAUAUGGUACUGGCUAUUUCGAAAUUGAAGGAGAGACGUCUUCCAAAUGAAUAUGUACCAUUUUGUGAGAGAAAUGGGAGGUUCUCUUCCAUUCAAUGUGAUAUUCAGUUUUGUUGGUGUGUUGAUGUUCAUUACGGAACGGAAAUCGAUGGAACCAGAAUCAGUAGAGAGCAGCGACGAAUAGAUAUGUGCAGAGAACCAAGAUUAUGUGCAAAAAAGUGUCCUAAUCAAUGCACUCAUGGUCACAUUAUGGACAUCUUUGGUUGUCCCAUAUCAACCUGUGCAUGUCUUGAUAUUUGUCUCAAUGUCAAAUGUGAAAAUAGUUGGGAACAGUGUCAAUUGGUAGAGCCUGAUUGUGCAAAUCCACCAUGCCUUCCUGUUCCGAGAUGUGAGUCGAUCCUCCAAUUUCAUGAAAACAAAUGGUAUUCAGGUCUCUUGAAUCCUUGUCGACACGGACCUCCAUCUCGUCUUGCGAACGGUAUAACUGCUCUGUGCUCCAGUGAUAAAGACUGUCCAGAAGGAACUUGUUCCAAAAUCGGUUAUAAUGGUCUUGGUUUCUGUUGUUCUGGUCCAGCAUCUUCCACUCGAGAUGGUCGAUGUCCUUCUCAACCAGCCGACAAACGUAAAUGCCUCCUUUAUCCAGGAAAUUCAUGUCAUUCUGAUCACGAAUGCUCGGAAGAUGAGAAAUGUUGUUUCAAUGGAUGUACUCUUUCUUGUGCUCAACCAGAAGAUUAUGUAAUCAGAAAACCAGUGAAACCAGUCACAGAACCAAUAAUGCAUUAUCAACCUGGAGAUGUCGAAAAGUAUAACAAAGGUCAUUUGAGUUCUCUGGUUGCCGAUUGCGCUGAUGUGAUAGUUGCAAAUAUCAGCUGCACAACAGAAUGUCAUUCGGAUUCUCAAUGUGCUGGAAUGAAGAGAUGCUGUAGGCAAGGAUGUUCAACAAACUGCAUGUAUCCAAUCAGAAGCACACCAUGUUUCCAUUUGGCGCUGACUGCCGAAUUGUAUUCUUUGAGAAACGCAAUGAAAUGUGACAGAGCCGGAAACUUCGAGCAAUAUCAGUGCGAUGAUGAAGGAUGCUUUUGCGUGGAUAUAGCGACCGGAGAGGAACUUCCUGGUUCAGGAGCCAUCGGAAGAAAACCUAAUUGUGAAAGUCGAAACCCAUGUGAGCCUCUCGUUUGCAAAGUCGCCUGUCCAUUUGGUUUCGAAAAAGGACCAAACUCAUGUCCAACUUGUAAAUGUAAAAAUCCAUGCGAAGAAGUGAAAUGUCCUCAAGGGAGUGUUUGUGUUAUGAGCUCUGUGCAGUGCUAUCAAACUGGAAACUGUGUUCCCCAACCCAGAUGCGUACUAAACUUAUGCCCAGCUGGUGAACCCUAUAUUUCUAGUAUUGGAAACGUGGAAAGUUGUACAAAAGAUGAAGAAUGUCCAUCUUCUACCCACUGGUGUCAUCGUCUUGGGAUGUCUUCUGGAGGAGUCUGCUGUCCUUCUCCUGCCCGUGUUCGUCAUGCAGGAUCUUGUCCAACAGUUCCAAUCAGCUUGGAUGCUAGGAUGUGCAGAGUUUUCUGUAAAGUUGAUGAUGACUGCAAUGGACACCAGAAAUGUUGUUUUGAUGGGUGUGGUGCGGCUUGUCGAGAUAUCACAACUCCACUCAUUGAAAUUUCCAAGGAGAUAUUUGAAAAACAAGGAACAUGUAUUUCCGAACAACGGGUGUUAUGUAACCGAUUAGAAAAAAACACUUGCGAAUACGAUACAGAUUGUGCGGGAGUUGCCAAAUGUUGUGAUGAUGGAUGUGUGAAAGCGUGUGCCUAUCCUCUUCAAACCAGCAAAUGUCUUGUUCGAAAGACAAAUCUUCAGAAAAUGGGACAGAUGGAUCUUAUUAAAUGCCGUCCGGAUGGAUCAUUCGAGCAAAUUCAGUGCGACACAGAGUUUUGUUGGUGUGUAGAUGAAGAAGGAAAUUACGUGGAUGGUACAAGGGCCGGAGAAGAUGUCACUCCAAACUGUCCAGAACCAUGUGAAAAACUUGAAUGUGGUCCAAUCGGUUGUGAAUACGGACAUAAGAAGGACAAUAGGGGAUGUGCAACAUGCGAAUGUGUUGAUCCAUGCGAAGGUGUCACUUGUCCAGAUGAUUCUCUCUGUAUACCAACUACAGUACCAUGUGUUACUAAGCCAUGUCCAACUGUAUCCCGAAGAAUAAUAAUUCCACGAUGUGUCAUCAAUCCUUGUCCUGUAUCAGAAUCAGUGAAAAACGAAACAACGUUGCAUCUGAAGAAAUGCUACCGUAGUACCGAUUGCUUUGAUCCAAUGAUGACUACUCAUUGUUCGAUGGUCACUCAAGAUUUUGGAUUUUGCUGUACUGCAGAAUCUCCGGAGGUUCACACUGGAUUCUGUCCUAAAAUAACGGAACUAAAUACAGCGAAAGUGGAGAAAUGUGUUCAGGAGUGUAGAACAGAUUCAGACUGCGAUCAGACAUCGAAAUGUUGUUGGAAUGGGUGUGGGUUGACAUGUGUGACGUCAUCUAGUAGUCCUCGUCCUAUUACUACUAUUCUCCAAUCUGUUUCCGAAUCUCACUUCGGAGAUUGUCUGAACGUAGCUCCACUUGGAGCUUUUUGUCUUCAAAGACCAACGAUUGCCGACUGUAAAAACGACGACGACUGUCCAUCACUCUAUAAAUGUUGUUCCGAUGGUUGUGUUAUGAGAUGCACUCAACCAAAUCGUGCUCCACUUUGUGUUCAUCAAAGAAUUGCAGCUUUGACAAUUUCAGAGAGCGAAGGAUCAGAGUCAAACGAAAAAGAUUCAGCAGUAUUUGUUCCGGAAUGUGAUGCAUCUGGAAACUUUGACGAAGUUCAAUCUCACUUUGGAUUAAUGUGGUGUGUUGAUAAAUUGGGUCAAGAGAUUUCUGGAACGAAAUCAACCCGAGUUCCCAAUUGUGAUAAUCCUCGUCCCUGCCCGACAAGAGUUUGUGCUGUGAACUGCUCAUAUGGAUUCAAAAGUGAUAACGAAGGAUGUCCAAUUUGUGAUUGUAUAUCUCCAUGUGAAUACAUGAAUUGUCCGGCUGGAAAUGUUUGUAGAAUGAUGCCAGUUAAAUGUUCUUCCAAAGAAUGUCGACCUGUCGCGAAAUGUAAUUUCUUCAUACCCAAAUUUAAAAUAAAAUUAUUGUUCAGGCAUUCCAAAUAUGUGUGGAAGUGGCGAGCCACUGGCACUAGAGAAUUCUCUUCUUGCAACAUGUUCCCUAUCAUCUCCAUGCCCAAUGUAUUUUUUUGCUGCUCCACUCCUGAGAUGGCUCAAAAAUCUCUCCGGUGUCCUGUGAUCCCCGUCAUGAUUGCUUCGGUUGAUGGUUCCUCGUGUGUCGUCGGAUGUAGGCAUCAUUAUGACUGUACCCAUUCGUCUUGUUGUUUUAAUGGAUGUGGUACAAGUUGUCAGUUUGAGACACGACAACAACCUAUAAAACCAAUUCGCCCAUCUUACACUUCAUCUUCGAAACCACCAAAAACCACGCGGCGUCCUAUUCUGAGUUCUUUGAAAAUCGAAAAGAAGGCUUCAAAGAUCCAGAAUGUUAUUGUUGAACAUCAUGCAGUACUGCCAGUAUCUCCCGUUCUGGCAAAACUCGGAACUUGUCCAAAACUUUUAAUUAAUCCGGGGUGCACAGAGCAAUGUAGUCAGGAUUCAGAAUGUCAUGGGUUCUUAAAAUGUUGUACUGCCUCCUGUGGAACAAUAUGUUCUGCUCCGAGAAUCGCAACUGCUUGUAUACAUCGACUGAUUGCAUUUGAAUCAAAUUUAGCCGCUGAAAUUGUGAAUUUGAUCAUUCCACCAGUUCAAUGCACUCCGGAAGGAUUAUUCCGAAGAUAUCAAUGUGAUGCGAGAAUAAAUCAAUGUUGGUGUGUUGAUGUUACAACGGGAGUAGAAGAAAUCGGAACCAGAAUUUUUACAAUUGGACUUCAGCCUCCAGAUUGCGAUUUACCAAAAAUAUGUCAAACGAAAUGCAUGGAAAAUCAAUGUCCCUAUGGUAUCCGAACAGAUGGAAGUGGUUGUCCGGCAAAUGGAGUUUGCGAGUGCAAUAAUAUAUGCAAUGUGAGUGAGACUUCAACAAUUCAAAAAAAACACAUAGAUUCUUUUCAGUCUUUCAAUUGCCCUCUGAAUAUGGAAUGUGCUCUUCGUCGAGUAGAAUGUACAUCUAAUCCAUGUCCAGAUGUACCAUUUUGUGUAGAAGUGCAGUGUCCGAUCCCUCAAAGAGAUCUCUAUAGAAACGUCAUUCUUUGUGAGAACGAUGGAGGAUGUGGGAAAAUUUCUAAAUGUGUGAUCAAUCGCAAAACUGAGAGAGGAAUAUGUUGCCACCAAAAAGCAACACAGUCUUCCGUUCUCAAUCUUAUUUCUCCAGCAAUAGUAGCUGCUGUACCAGACGCUGUUGAAACAACUACAGUAGUUGAAAGAGUCAACCAUCCGAUGGUAGUCGAAGCUGUCCCAAUGUCUCUAUCGACAAAUUGUACAACAAUGCGUAUUGCUCUGGAAUACCUGCACCAAAACGGGGCCAUACUAAAAUCCCCUUUGCCAUUGUGCAGUAAAAACGGAAAUUACGAAAGGACGCAAUGCGACAACAAAAGAUGCUGGUGUGUAGAUGAAUUGAGUGGAGAAGAGAUUCAUGGAACACGAAAGAAGAAAACAAAGAAUGCGUGCAAGUCUCAAUCGAUGUGUUUAUCCAAGUGCUCCGCGUCACUAUGUCCAUAUGGUUUGCUCCUUGAUUCAAUUGGCUGCGCACGAUCAGAAUGCAUCUGCAAAUCUGCUUGUGAACAUGUGGAUUGCCCAAAUGGACAAGUAUGCAUUUUACGAAGAGCUGACUGCCCAAAUAAAUGGUGUCUUCCUGUGCCCACCUGUGAGAAAUCUCCAUGCAACAGUGGAUUACGUCCUCUAAUAGAAACGAGAACCCGGCAGCAGUACUCUUGCACCCAGAACACAGUUUGUCCGAUGGGAUAUUAUUGUACUGCUUUUGAUGACAAUAUGCAUGGUGUCUGCUGUCCUGGAGCCACUUCCAUCAAGAGUAUUGGAGAGCACAAUAGUCUUUCUUGUCCUCAUGGAGAUCCAUUUUCAUCUCUUUCUGAUGGAACUCCUCUCUCUUGUACCGUACUCACGAAUGGAUGUCCUGCAACCCAUUACUGCUCCACAAUGCCAGGUCAAAAAUCAGGAAUCUGUUGUGUAUCGAAACGAUAUGUGUGCAACUUGCAAAGAGAUGCUGGUCCAUGUACUGCUACUGUAACCCGAUUCUUCUACUCAUCGUUGGCUCACACGUGUGCUCCGUUCGACUAUGGAGGAUGCUCUGGAAAUCUGAACAAUUUCGCAAUUCGAGACGAUUGUGAUAAUUUCUGUGCUGGAAUCGGUCUCGACUUGUCGUCUCCAUAUGAUCAUGCAAGUGCACCAGUACCAACAGAGUCUUAUCAGAUAGCAUUUUCUCUUUCCGGGGGAAAAAUCCCAACUUCCAAAAUGGAAGAUGCUGAAAUCCAACUCAUUAACUUGCUUGUCGAUCGGUUCAAAAUUCCACGUGGCUCCAUUGAAGACGUUAUUCUUCGAGAUGACAACGCAGUCAAGUUUACAAUCAGAGAUGUUGAGGCAAGAAAAUUCGCGAGGGAGGUAUCCGAGAAGGUGUCAACUGGAGAGUUGAACAUGACACUAUCGGGACAGAAGUUUGUUGCUGAACCUCAUACUUUGACAGCAUUGCAUGUUUCCAAUGAACGAGGAACAAGAAAUACAUCUCAAGUAAUACUUUAUGCUAUUCUUCUGGCAUCGUCAAUCUUUUUGCUGUGCGUGAUAUGCCUUGUCUGCUUCUCUUGUUUCUGCUACUAUCGGAACCAGCCAAAAGAUCGAGCGAAUACUCCAUCUAAUACAACGGCGAUAACAGAUGUUCGAAGUCGUCAAUCUGGACUCCGAAGAGUAUUUUCUCGAGAUGACGUGUCAGUGUGUUCAGAUUUCAAUCGUCCCCCGAUGCAUGAUGUUUCAAUGCUCAACAGAGAACGAGGACGGUCUCCUCGUUCCCAAAGUUGGCUCUCAAUCGGUUAA